AUGGAGAUUUAUUUUAAAAACUUAAAAGAAAAAUAAAUAUCUUAAAAUGUAUUAAAUAAGGUUUAAUCCUUUUUGAAAAAAGUUAUAGAGAAGUAAGUUUAGAAAGAUUAGAAGCUUUAGAAAAGACAAAAGAAUCAUAAUAGGAAAAUUAAUAAGAAAUAAGUUUGCUCUGUUUAAGAUAAAGGUUUAGAUGUUUUAAACCCUAAAUAAACCAUACAAAUAUGUUCAGGAUUAUUUCUAUCUGAUGAUGGAGUUAUUAGAUUUUGUUAUAGUGUGAGCUAAUUUUGUUUUGGGUACUCUUAAGAUAUAACUUAAUUCAUUUAGUUAAAUAAAAAUCUUGGAAUAGUAGAAAUAGUUGGUUCAAUGCCUUCUAAAACUUAAUUUCACUCUGUAGAAGAAGCUCUCAAGCAUGUUUUUUAAAUUCCAUCUUAAUAUAUUCACAAUAUUGCUGAAAAAAUGGUUAAGUUUAAAAGCUAUAAUGAGACUAUGAAAGAGUAUCUAAAGGAUAUAACCUUGACAUAGGAAAUAUUAGAUGAAAAGGAUUCAUAAUUUACUAUUUUUAAAAAUAGAUGCAUGGAUGCUUUAUAAGAAAUUUAGAAUAAAUAACCUUAUUUAAUGUACCAAUAUGCUAUUGGAAGAUACAACUAUUCUAAUUAAGAUUAUGAAUUUAUUCACAGAGGGUUUUCGUUAUCUUACUUAUAGCUAUUAGGAAUAGAUGUAAAUAAUUUUUCCUAAAUAUUUUUAAGAGGUUAAAGAGUUGAUCUUACAGAGAGUGUAAAUGAUAUUUUUGAUCUAUCUUACUAAGGAUUAAACUCAAUUAUUAAUUAAACUCAAAAUGAUUCCUAUGAAUGCAGAAUUAAGACUUUUGAUGGUUUUCCAAUAAAAAUUAUUUAACAUAAAAGAACCAUUCAAAUACCGAAUUUUUCAACUUAAUAAGUACCAUGCUUAGAUAACUUUACUUUUGGGUUUACUGAAUUUGAUGUAGAUUUCAGUGACUUAUAAAAGCUAAUUGAAUAUAGAUCAAAUAUAUUACAAAAUAAAAAGAAAUUAAAUCUCGACGAUUAUAUCAACAAAGAACUUUCUUAUCUUUUUGAAGAUGUAGAAUAUUCUAUCUUAUCUCAGUAAUUUUUAGAAAACUUCUACAAAGAAAAUCUUGUUCAGAUGAUGAAUGCAUAAUAGUUUAUAAAAGAAAAAUAGUGUAGCUACAGAUACAUAAAGCAUUGA